AUGUUAAUCGCCAACGUUGCCUCGGCUCUUCUAGUGUUGUCUGGGCUUUCUGCCGCAUUGCCGAAGCCCAUUCUGCAGGCGAAUAAUGAUGCCUUGGAAAGCCGCGCGUCGAAGGAUGUCAACCCAGCAGCCGUCACCGGGACCACCUGCACAGACAAAAACAUCAAAAUUGAUACCCACGACAUGAAUGUUGCUACACUGGCUAUCUGUGGCGGCAUCGCAGGGUCCAUCCAGAAAUGCGGCGGUGCACCAAAGAGCACCACGGGCGUAUCUGGGACAGCGAAGUUCACCUUGAACCCUACUACUUCUGGUGCCGUGGGGGCGGCUACUCAGGCAGACGUCUCCAAGGUAGCCGGCCGUGCCGAGCCCGCUGAGUUCGAAGCCCAGACCAAGGCCGGCCCCGAUGGCAGUGACUUCGAGAACUCAGCUCCCUUCCGUGUCAACGACAGCGCCAGCUCCACCGCUGACUCCCUCAUCAUGCUCGAGGGAGCUUACGAGGGCUUCGUCAAGACCCUCGGCUGGCGGUCCUCCGGCCCCUCUUUCAACGAAGCCCCUGAUACCGGAUCUUACUCCAAGAUCAAUGUCUACUCGAUCUCCAACGUCGACAGCGCCGCCGGCCUCGGCAAGGACAUGGUCCACCAGAUGACGGUCCGGCACGAGAAGAACAGCAACGAGACGCCCCUCCACACUCGAUCGCAUGUCGGCCACCACCAGGCCCAGGAGACCUUCAAAUGCGCCAAGGACAGCAUCACCUUUGGUAACGUUGACAAGUCUGGCCAUGACUACAAGGUCAAAUCCGCCCGCGCCCACCGCUACAUGGGCUACAAUAUCAUGCCCCCGACGACUUUGAGUGGCAAGGUCGACCUCACCAACAAUGCCGGCUCCGCAGAGGUCACCAGCGGCGAGGAGGCCAGCUUGGUUGUUGCCAACACCUCCAAGAAUCUGAUCUUCUACAACGGCUUCCAGCUCGCCAUCAGCGACGCCAACAAAGGCUGUGACUACGCUUUCAACCUGACGGAGGCUACCGUUGCGCAAGUGGCGGAGAAUAGUGUACUGUCAGCUACUCAGUGA